CGGAGUUGACAUUGUUAUUUGUAGCCAAUUGCGACGGUGUUUCUUAAGUAGGCCCCACCCCCCACACACCCCAUUAUAUACCAAAAAUAAACAAAUUAAAAAAAUCCCAAUCCACUUCUUAAAAACACACAACACACAGACACAGAGUCUUUCAAAAAUAAGAUAAAACUGUUUUGAAGAAACAGAAAUUUGUGUUAGCAUUUUCAGAUGGAAGAAGAAAGCGGGUCGAGUCAGGGUCCGGUGGCGUGCGGGUCGUGGAUCCGGAGACCCGAGAAAGUGAAUCUGGCUGUGUUAGCGAGGUCCAGGAAGAAGCGUGGCGAUUCUGAUUCCUCUCCUUCUGUGCUUCAGAUCUUCUCCUUCGACCCCAAGACCGCUUCUCUCUCUUCCUCGCCUCUGACCACGUAUGUUCUUGAAGAAGUAGAUGGUGAUCCAGUUACGAUUACGGUGCACCCAAGCGGUGAUGAGAUUGUGUGCUCUACCACAAAGGGUGGCUGCAAAUUGUUUGAGUUGGUCAGUCAUGAUUCACAGACAAGGCUAUUGGCCAAGGAACUUCCUCCUCUCCAAGGUGUUGGUCCACUGAAAUGCAUAGCUUUUAGCGUUGAUGGAUCUAGAUUUGCCACUGGUGGGGAGGAUGGACGUCUUAGGAUUUUGGAGUGGCCAAGCCUGCGCAUUAUUUUAGAUGAACCAAAAGCACAUAUAUCUGUGCGGGAUAUGGAUUUUAGCCUAGACUCGGAGUUUUUAGCUUCAACAUCUACUGAUGGUGCAGCAAGAAUAUGGAAGACAGAAGAUGGUGCUCCCUUGACUACUUUGACUCGCAACUCGGAUGAAAAGAUUGAAUUAUGUCGGUUUUCUAAGGAUGGAACAAAACCAUUCCUUUUUUGCACUUUUCAGAAAGGUAAUAAGGCCGCAACUGGAGUUUGGGACAUAAGUACAUGGAAUAAAAUUGGGUAUAAGAGGCUGCUUAGAAAACCUGCUUCUAUAAUGUCCAUAAGCCUGGAUGGGAAAUAUCUUGCUCUGGGAAGCAAAGAUGGAGACAUAUGUGUAGUUGACGUAAAGAAAAUGGAGGUCUCCCACACAAGUAAGAGGCUACACCUGGGUGCUGGCAUUGAGACGCUAGAGUUUUGUCCCAGUGAAAGGGUUGUGCUUACUACUACUACUGAAUGGGGAGCUGUGGUGACCAAGCUAAGUGUUCCAGCAGAUUGGAAAGAGUGGCAGAUCUAUAUGUUGCUGUUAGGAAUGUUUUUGGCAUCAGCUGUUGUAUUUUAUAUCUUCUUUGAGAACUCUGAUUCAUUUUGGAAGUUCCCAAAUCAAGCAGCUAAGCCUAAGAUUGGAACCUUAUUAGGAGAUCCACAAUCCUCUGAUGAUCCAAAUGUUUGGGGUCCAUUGGAUAUGUGAGCGCUCUACACGAGCCAUUCUCCAGGAGUCAUACGAAGUUGCAUCAGAAAUAGGAUGCAGAAUAAGUUUUUUCUAUCUUCAAGACCUUUUAGAUUUAAGACUGAAAGUCUUGUAGCAUACUAAACAUGCAAGUCAAAAUUAUUUAGGUUGGAAAAAAACAGGAAGAAAGAAUGUGUAGUUUAUCGCAUAUUUUUUUGCUUAUUUAUUUUUUUCUUGUAUUCUUUGAAAUUUAAUUUUAGAGCAUAUUAGUAGAAAUUUGUGUGGUUUAAGGUUAAGAGGAUCAUUUAUAUACUUUUUUUGAAAAUGAAAGUGUUCUUGUGGAAGGCAGAAUUUGAUAUU